AUUGCGUACGCGCUAAUAUUAUGGAACUUUCUGACGGUCGUGCAAGAUCUCCAUCAAUGUGGCCACGAGAAGGCAAGGGGGAUGAUUGUUGCAUCAAUGUUGAUGAUGAAACAGAUUCGUCCAGAAUCUGAAUGUCUGAACCCACGGCCGUUAUCACUGUGGGAGCUGCAGCCGUUAUGCGCGUCGCAGGGAUUGCAUUCUCUGCUGAAACGUACCCUCCUAGUGCACGGUUGGUGGUUAGGGGAGACUACUUAGAACGUGUUUGAGUCGAGUCACGUGGUAGCGUUUUUGCAUUCUCCGCUCUCGCCCGAGUUCGCAGUGCCAAUCACCUUCAAACCUUGUUAUUCCUCACUGUCUAUCAGACCAUGGCCCGUUUAUCAUACCGACCGAGCUCGCCAACUCACUUUGCCAGCACCUUGGCCAAACGGUGGGGACCGACGUUGGGCAUUUGGGGCGUGGGUGCCGGUACAGCUGCUCUCUUCUUAUUGUCUGUUACGCCGGUGGUGAAGAAGGGUCUUCUCGUAAACAUUCCGGUGCUUGGGAAUUACUACGAGGACAAAACACCUGCUUCCGACAAGCCGUUCUGAACGGUCCGCGAUUAUAUAGAUGCAUACCGCCCUUUGGAAUACCAAUAUUUCAUUUAAUGUAGAUUGCGGCCACCCCAGAUACACAAACUUUGUGAUCGUUUCAAAUAGCCGCGGAGGCGUCAAUACAAUUUGUGAUAUCACCAAAAC